AUGACUCUGUCCUUGUUCCCCUCCACCUCCCUUCCACCCAACCAUCCACUGGAAGCUAAUCAUCUUGCUGGUGCGGCCCCUCCCGCCGGAACCACCUUCAGCUCCGCACCUGCUGCAGCAGAAUCGCUGUAUGGCGGAGGUGUGACCUGGCGAGGUGUGGCAGGCGGAGGUGUGACAGGCGGAGGUAUCAUAGGCGGAGGCGGAGGUGUGAUGGGCGGAGGUGUGACAGGCGGAGGUAUCACAGGCGGAGGUGUGACAGUCGGAGACAGUUCAAGCGGUGCUAUCCAGAGUGGCAGCAGCGGCGGCCGGGGGAGCAGCAGAGCAGCAGAGGCGGCGGCGAUGGCACAGGCAGCAGCGACACAGGCAGCGGCGGCACAGACAGCGACGACACAGUUAGUGGCAGCACAGACAGCGACUCAGUUAGCGGCAGCACAGACAGCGACGACACAGGCAGCGGCAGCACGGACAACAACGACAGAGGCGGCUAUGACACAGGCAGCACAGAUGGCGCAAACGGUCCUGUCCAUGUCGCAUGUCGUGCAGUCCAGCGGCCGCCCGUCAGGCGCGCAGCAGCAACUUGUCAGCGCGCUGUCCCUCCUCACGGGUUUUCUAUCCACCCAAGGGGGAGCCAGAGGUGGAGGAGGAGGAGGAAGGGGCACGGCUGCUGCUUCGGCUGGCGCAGCAGAAACCCUUGUGCCUCCAUCCGUUCCUCGUCCUCCUCCUCAUGACGUUGCUCCUCUGCCGUAUCGUUCCGCCGCUGCUCCUGUACCAGCUCGUGCCCUUGCACCCACCGUAACUCCUCUGCUUGCUGCCUCUACACCUAAUCUAGCUCCCAGCGCCUUCCCUUUCGAAGUGCUCGCCCAGUCUCUCAACCUCGGGGGGCUUCAAUCCCAGCUGAGCCUCUCCUCUCUCCCCGCCCUCCUGGCUGCUAUCACCGCCCUCCAGCAAGGCAACAGCAUGCAGCAAGGCAAUAGCCUGCAGCAAGGCAACAGCCUGCAGCAAGGCAACAGCCUGCAGCAAGGCAACAGCCUGCAGCAAGGCAACAGCCUGCAGCAAGGCAACAGCCUGCAGCAAGGGAACAGCCUGCAGCAAGGCAAUAGCAUGCAGCAAGGCAACAGCCUGCAGCAAGGCAACAGCCUGCAGCAAGGCAACAGCCUGCAGCAAGGCAACAGCAUGCAGCAAGGCAACAGCCUGCAGCAAGGCAACAGCCUGCAGCAAGGCAACAGCCUGCAGCAAGGCAACAGCCUGCAGCAAGGCAACAGCCUGCAGCAAGGCAACAGCCUGCAGCAAGGCAACAGCCUGCAGCAAGCCGCAGCACCUGCAUCAGAGCAUCAGGGCGCGAGCAGCGGAUCAGGUCAGGGGCAGGGGAUGGUGCAGCAGGCGCAGGGGCAGGGGCAGGGGCAGGGGCAGGGGCAGGGGCAGGGGCAGGGGCAGGGGCAGGGGCAGGGGCAGGGGCAGGGGCAGGGGCAGGGGCAGGGGCAGGAGCAGGGGCAGGGGCAGGGGCAGGGGCAGGAGCAGGGGCAGGGGCAGGGGCAGGAGCAGGGGCAGGGGCAGGGGCAGGGGCAGGGGCAGGAGCAGGGGCAGGGGCAGGGGCAGGGGCAGGGGCAGGAGCAGGGGCAGGGGCAGGGGCAGGAGCAGGGGCAGGAGCAGGGGCAGGGGCAGGGGCAGGGGCAGGAGCAGGGGCAGGGGCAGGAGCAGGGGCAGGGGCAGGGGCAGGGGCAGGGGCAGGGGCAGGGGCAGGGGCAGGGGCAGGGGCAGGGGCAGGGGCAGGGGCAGGGGCAGGGGCAGGGGCAGGGGCAGGGGCAGGAGCAGGGGCAGGGGCAGGGGCAGGGGCAGGAGCAGGGGCAGGGGCAGGAGCAGGGGCAGGGGCAGGGGCAGGAGCAGGGGCAGGGGCAGGGGCAGGGGCAGGGGCAGGAGCAGGGGCAGGGGCAGGGGCAGGGGCAGGGGCAGGAGCAGGAGCAGUUCCAGAAGCAGCAUCAGCUAAUUCGAGCCGAAUCAGCAUCAGCAGAGGCGCUAGAUGCGUCUAUCAACCCUAAUUUCACCUCCUUCCGCCUCCGGCGGCUGUGCUCGGCUGAAGCAGGGUUUGAGACGCCACAGACCGUUGGAUCGUCGUCCUCGCGGCUCCGACGGCUGGGAUCGGCGGAAGGGUCGCGCCGGCUGUGGGAUGCUCUGGGGGGAGGUGCGACUGGGAGAGGGGGAGGAGGGAGUGGGGGAGGGACAGAGGGGAGUGGGGGAGGCACUGGGGGAAGUGGGGGUGGGGGAGGGACAGGGGGGAGUGGAGGGAGUGGGACUGGGGCAGGUAGGAGUGGGGGAAGUGGGACAGGGACUGGGGCAGGGGGGAUUGGGGGAGGGGCAGUGGGGAGUGGCGGAGGGGCAGGGGUAGUGGGGAGCGGGGGAGGAACAGGGGGGAGUGGGUCCGGUGGCGGUGGGGGUGGGAGCGGGGGAGGGACAGGGGGAAGUGGGGGCGGGGCAGGGGGGAGUGGGGGAGGGACAGGGGGGAGUGGGUCGGGAGCAGGGGGGAUUGCGGGAGGUGGGAUUGGGGCAGGGGCGAGUGAGGCAGGAGCGAGGGGGUUGGAAGUGCUGGAGAGUCUGCGGGUACGGCUGCGACCGCAGCUGUCUGGGCUGCUACAGGAACAGCAGGAGGCAGUGCUGCGAUUGAAGCAGCACCACACCCUGCAGCAGCAGCAGCAGCAGCAGCAGUCACAAACUGCUGCUGCUGCUACUGCUUCGCCAGCUGCCCGUCCGCACUCACCUUCUGCUGCUGCUGCUGCUGCUGCUGCUGCUGGUACGAAUUCAGUGGCACCAGUCGUCCCCCCAUUCUCUCCUGCCCUCAACAGCCCACCGUCGCAGCCACUCAGCAGGCUGCAGAGAGCAGGACCAAGCAUAGACUGUCUGAACCUACACAGCCCCUCUGCUCUGCCUCCUCCUCCUCCUCCUCCUCCUCCUCCUCCUCCUCCUCCUCCUCCUCCUCCUCCUCCUCCUCCUCCUCCUCCUCCUCCUCCUCCUCCUCCUCCUCCUCCUCCUCUGUCUUCUCCAGGAGAUGCCCGCAUGCGGGGGGGGUUGCAGCGGGCGGGCCCAAGUAUAGACCGCCUCAAUUUUCAGGGCGCUGCUUCUGCCAUCCCUCCGCCCCCUCCUGCCUUUCCGCAGGGAGACCAUCGUCCCAGGGGGGUAGAAAGUGGGGGGUUGCAAAGGCCGGGGUUGCAAAGGGCAGGGCCCAGCAUAGACCGUUUGAAUCUAGAGGCAGCUGGGAUGGCUUCCCGUGCUGCUGCACUGCAGAGAGCUGGGCCGAGCAUUGGCUCUUUGAGUUUUCAAGGGGAAAUACCCCUCUACAGGGGAGGCUCCGUUACUGGAGAUAUCUCUCUACAGAGGGAGAGGGGAGGUUUGCCUUCAGGGGAGGCUGCGCUUUACAGAGGGGGUUCGCUUACAAGGGAAGUCCCGCUCCAGAGACUAGGCAGUGUGAGUGGCCCUUGGGAGCAGGGAGGAGGGGAGAGAGGGGUAAGGGAAGGCAGGAUAGUAGAAGGGCUAGAGACUGGAGUGGGGAGGGGAGAAGGGGGGGGCUCUGAGGGAGUGGGGAGUGGGGUAAAGCGGGCAUACGGCAGCAUGCAGGUCGAUGGGGAAGGUGGAGAGAGAGAGGGGAAGAGGGCCAAGGGCUUGAUACGCAGCAGUGGCCCUGGCAACAUGGCUGAUACUGCUGGUCCCGAAUGUGAUGCUGCUGCUGCUGGUGCUGUUGCUGCUGGCGACGGCAGUGUCCCGUUCUAUGGUGGUACUUUUGCUGCUCCUGGUGGGUUCUUCAGUGGGAGACGAGUAGACGACACGCCAACCUCCCCUCCUCGGCCGCUCUUCUCCUUCCCCUCCGUCUCCCUCUCUCUUGACGACAUCCCUUCAGCCGUCCCUGCCACUGCUGCCACCGGAGCUAUCGAUAAAGCCGAAGCUGGCCUCCGCCCUGUCGGACACAGGCCAUCAGGCUUGGGAAACUCAGGCUCGGCAGGUGCAGGAACGGGGGACUUUGGCUUGGGAAGUCCAGCUGGCGGGCUUCUCCCAUCGAGUGGCUUUACUGGCAGUGGAUUGGGCGGCAGCAGGCUGGCCGGCAGCAGGAUGGGCGGCGGUGGGCUGGCCGGCAGUGGGUUGGCCGGAAGUGGGCUCGGGGGGAGUGGGCUGGGUGGCGGGGGCCUGGGCGGCGGCGGCGGCGGCGGGUUGGGCGGCGGGCUGGGCGGCGGGUCGCGGUUGGCUCGUAGCUUCAUGUGGAGCAAUGAUCAGCUGAAGGAGAUCGAGCAGAUGAAAGAAGCCAUGGCUGACAUGGAAGAGGAGGGGGAGGCGGGAGGUGUGGCACGGGAAGCACGGGAAGGGGACGCACGGGUUGGGGACGCACGAGCAGGGUAUGCACGGUUAAGGUUAGGGGCAUGGACAGGAGCAGGUGCGGGGGGAGGAGAGGGAGCAAGCAGCGGUGAAGGGGCCAGAGCAGCGGCAGGGGCGUGGGCUGGUGCUGCUGCCUCUGCUGGCAAUGCAUCAAUUGGAGACGGGGCUGCGAGGCGGCUGGAAAGAGGACGAAGCGGAGUGGGGAAGAGUGAAGCAUGGGAGGGGUUUCAGAGAGGAGACAGCUUGGGGGAACUGAGGGGAAACAGCUCUGGAUUGGACUUGUAUUCGUUGGAUGGGGUGGGGGAUGAGGGGCAGGCAGGGGGCGGCAGGGACGAGGGAAGGUGGGGGAGCGAUGGUGGUGACGAUGGCGAGGGGAUGGAGGGUGAAGGCAUGGAGGAGGAGGAUAGGCUGGAUGGGCAUGGUUACAACCAUGGGCGAAUGGAUGGGAGUGAAUUGGGCGGGCGGAUGGAGGGGAAUGGGUUGGGCGGGCCAAUGGACAGGUGUGCGAGCCGCAAGCCGGGGCCGAAACGGAAGGAGGGGCCGGUCAGCCACUUCUGCCAGAACGCACGGGUGAGUGCUGCUGCUGCCCCCGCCAGGCUGUGCUCCUACUCCCAUCUCACACCGACCCAAAACCUUGGAGAAGACCUCGUAAGGCGCCGAGAGAAGCGGAGGGAGCGGCUGACGAGACACAUCCGGGCGUUGGAGAAGCUGGUGCCGCAGAGGGCUCGCAGCGACCCCACAACACUGCUCAUGCUCUCAUACCCCUCGUUCUUCUAUCUAUCCCCCAUUUCAGAAGCGGAGGGAGAGGUUGACGAGGCACAUCCGGGCACUGGAGAAGCUGGUGCCGCAGAGGGCUCGCAGCGACGCGGCCUCUGUUCUCGAGUCCGCCAUCUCCUUCAUCAAACGCCUCUCCCGGGAGAACCAGGUGCGUGCACCAAAUGUGUGAAGUGCUCCCUCGUGCACCAAAUUGUCAAUGACAUGCUUCCUUCCUUAGGCACGAGGGGUGGCGUGGGACAGUCGAUACUUGAGGCGGUUCAAGCUGCCUCUGUUCUCGAGUCCGCCAUCUCCUUCAUCAAACGCCUCUCCCGGGAGAACCAGGACCUGCGCAAGGGAGUGGCAGUGGCAGCGUCCGGUCCUCGUCUUGUCUGCCAACCAGCCUGGAAACCCCAUGCCAAUACCUGCCUAUUCUCCCCCUCCCCUUUCCCCUCUCGCCCUUCAGCAUCACAGGAUCCGUGCAAGGAAGUGGCGACACUCCAGUCCUCAUCUGAGACGCAGCCAGCACACCCCAUCCCAACACCUGCCCCCAUUCUCCCCGUCCCUACCCAUUCCGUUUUCCCCUUUCUCCCUUCCCCAUCACAGGACCUUCGCAAGGAAGUGGCGACGCUCUGGCCCUCAUCUGAGACCCAGCCAGCACAACCCAUCCCAACACCUGUCAGUUCUCUCCAUCCUUCUUCCCCUCUCGCCCUUCCACUUUCCCCAUCACAGAAUCUGCGCAAGGAAAUAGCGAUGCUUCGCCCCUCAUCUGAGGCCCAGCCGGCACACGACAUGCCAACACCUGCCAUGCCAACACCUGCCAAUUCUCCUCCUCUCUCCCUUCCGCAUCACAGGAUCUGCGCAAGGAAGUGGCGACUCUCCUCUCCGCAAGGAAUGGGCAAAUCUUUCGGCACACAACGCGUGUACGCCUACCCAUUCUCCCCUCCCUACCCAUUCUCGGUCUCCCUUCCGUAUCACAGGAUCUGCGCAAGGAAGUGGCGAUUCUCCGGCCCUCAUCUGAGACCCAGCCGGCACACCUCAUGCCAACCCCUUCCCACGUAG